UAAGUCACGAUACAAAGAAUCGGCGAAUCAAUACAUUGGGUAUACUUGUUGCGCGAAUGUAAAUUAAAAACAUUUAAUACGUAGUUCUCUAAUUAUGGAGAAAGUAUGCCGUAUUUGCCUCAGCAAUUCCGAUGGUAUGGUCGACAUAUUCGGCGAGGAACAACCGGAGGAGGAGAUCAGCUUGGCAGACAUGCUCAACGAAUGCAUCGAAUGCAAGAUUCGAGUGGACGACAACUUCCCCAAGUUGAUAUGUUGGACCUGCUACUUGGAUGCACAGACCGCAUACAAGUUCAAACGCAAAUGCGACCAGAGUUACAAGCUGUUAACCUUGAAGCAGGAGGAGCAGCAGCAUAAGCAAUUUCUCGUGGAUCCCGUGGAUGAAUUUUGUGCCAUUCUUGAGGAGCUGUCCAAGCCAGACGACAACUUCGUGAAAGAGGAGCCAGAUGAAAACUGCGACGAAGAGGUUGUCUCUCCCAGCACUCCAGAGCGAGAUUCGCAGCAAGACGCUGAAGAGGAAGAGGAGGAACUGGAACUGCCAAAGACGCCACCGCAGCAACCACAGCAGAGUUUUGAUGAGCUUAUGUCGCCGCCUUUUUACCGGGUUCCGGGAACCCGACUCCAGCCCAAGAUCUUCUCCGAUGCGUCAAUCGGCAAGAACAAGAGAAAUCGCUAAGAAUUUGGAGUCGGAGCUGCAGCUAGAGUCGGAUGACAACAGCCCAAGUGAUUUUAGCGCUGACGAAGAUGAUGAGGAUUACAUCGACAACGACAACGACAAAGACACCGAGAGAGUGCCACAGGCAGGUCGUCCACACGAAUGUCCCCAAUG